CGACGGUUGGAGAUAGCGCUAGUGACACCCAAAAAACCCCUCCGGCCCUUCCUCCCCACCGUCGUCGGCGAUCUCCACCUCCUUCGCCGCCGAUGGAUCUCUCCGCCGUCCAGGCCGCCCUCUCCGACAAGUCCUACUCCUCUCUAGCCCCUCUCUGCGACGAACUCCUCCUCCAGGCCGCGUCCAGGGGAACCACCACCGACGAAUGGCCCUACGCAGUCCACCUCCUCGCCCAUCUGUACCUCAACGACUUGAACAGCGCGAGGUUCUUCUGGAAGUCGCUGCCGCAGGAGGUGAAGGGCGCGCGUCCGGAGCUCGCCGCCAUCUGGAGGAUCGGCCAGUGCCUCUGGAACCGAGACUACGCUGGUGUCUACACGGCCGCACAGGGGUUUGAGUGGGGCCCUGACAUUGCUGACUUCAUCGCUGCCUUCCUAGAAAGCUACAGACAGAGGAUAUUCCAGCUUUUGACUUCUGCGUAUUCCACAAUCACCGUUGCUGAUGUGGCUCACUUCAUGGGAAUGAGUGAGGAGGAUUCUACAAACUAUGCUGUGCAAAAUGGUUGGAGUUUGGAUGCAGGGACCAAGAUGCUUACUGUCAAGAAACCAAAGGCUCAGACCAACCAGAAGCUUGAUGCAAGCAAACUGCAGCGUUUGACAGAGUGUGUUUUCCACCUGGAGCACUGAUGCCCACUGGCAAUUGCAUUGCAUCCCGGGUGCUUUUCUACACCAAACCUUAAGGAUCAUGUUUAUUAUGUGAUAGCUAGAUGCCUGAACGACUCGGUCGGUUUUGGCUGGAAAGGGGAGAUCUCUCAGUACUGAAUUGUUGGCAUCUGUAAGUGUUUUCUGAUAGUACCCUCGCCGAACCGUCCCUGUUGCGUGUUCGUAUGGUGGCCCAGCGCCCCUUCAUGCCAGAGGUGCAUUCCUAUUUUGAUAUGACUGGAGUUGGAAAUUGAUAACGUUACAUGGAAGAAAAAUUAGCUACUUCGGUGGCAACUGUUUCUUUCUCA